GAGUUUGUAGGCUCAGGAGACCCUGCAGACAGGAAGAUGUUGAUCACGAAGCAGGCGGAUUGGGCCAAGAACAUCAACGAACCCAAGGCUGCUGCCGAGAUGUACAUCUCUGCUGGCGAGUACCUCAAAGCCAUCGAUAUCAUUGGAGACAACGGAUGGGCAGACAUGAUGAUAGACGUGGCCAGGAAGCUGGACAAGGCUGACCGCCAGGCUCUGCUCUUGUGCGCAGACUACCUGAAGAAGAUGGAGCAGUAUGCCUAUGCCGCGGAGUGUUACCACAAGAUGGGGGACUCCAAGGCCUUGAUGGAGCUACACGUGGAGGCUAGACACUGGGAUGAGGCAUUUGCACUAGUGGAGAAGCACCCAGAGUUCAGAAAUGACGUGUACAUUCCAUAUGCACAGUGGCUGGCAGAGAAUGAUAGGUUUGAGGAAGCACAGCAAGCAUUCCAUAAGGCAGGUAUGCAGGGGGAGGCAGUCAGAGUGUUGGAACAGCUUACCCACAAUGCUGUGUGUGAGAACAGGUUCAAUGACGCUGGGUACUACUUCUGGAAGCUGUCAAUGCAGUGUCUGGAUAUAGCUGGAGAAGAGCCAGAAAAGAGAGGGGAAAUGCUUCAGAAAUUUCACGACUUUCAGAGGAAAGCUGACAUGUACUAUGUCUACCAUUCCAUUCAAAGAUAUACAGACGAGCCGUUCACAUCCCAUCUCCCAGAAGCUCUGUUCAACAUGUCCCGCUACCUGCUACACUGCAUGAUAGAUGGGAUGCCGCACGGGGUCUCCAAGGUUGCUGCCCUCUAUGCUCUGGCCAAGCAGAGCAAGUCACUGGGGGCUUUCAAGGUGGCCAGGUAUGCCUUUGAAAAACUUCAGGCUCUGAGAAUUCCUAGUCGAUUCCAGGAGUCCAUUGACCUGGGCAGCGUGACAAUCAGAUCAAAACCUUUCCAUGAUGCUGAGUUGUUCCACACAGAUGACUAUGAGCUGCUAGUACUACAAAAAGGCCAUUGUCCUUUCUGUCGAAAACCUGUAGAAGAUUAA